CUAGGCAUGUAGACUGCUGCUGCAAUCAUUUGUCAAAGAAUGGGUCACUCUCAGGAGCUCAGUGACUCCAAGCGUGGUCCCGUGAUAGGUUGUCACCUGUGCAAUAAGUCCAUCCAUGAUAUUUCCUUGCUACUAAAUAUUCCACGGUCAACUGUUAGUGGGAUUAUAACAAAGUGGAAGCCACGUAAAAUGACAGAGCGGGGAACGCCGCCACUGGACUCUAGAGCAGUGGAGACGUGUUCUCUAGAGUGACCAAUCACGCGCCUCUGUCUGGCAAUCCAAUGGACGU